ACGAUGUUUUAGUAUACUAGCAGACAUUAGGCUUCUGGUUUUAGUAUACUAGCAGACAUUAGGCUUCUGGUUUUAGUAUACUAGCAGACAUUAGGCUUCUGGUUUUAGUAUACUAGCAGACAUUAGGCUUCUGGUUUUAGUAUACUAGCAGACAUAGGCUUCUGGUUUUAGUAUACUAGCAGACAUUAGGCUUCUGGUUUUAGUAUACUAGCAGACAUUAGGCUUCUGGUUUUGUUAUAAGAAAUAGCAUAGUUAAUUUCUCAAGCCAGGUUUCUAGCUUUACUGAUGGAAACAGACUUCAAAUGUCUGGCAUUAAUACAGCAAGAGUUGAAUACACGUCAAGAUUACAAAACCAGUAGAAAGUAUUCAAUAAUAGCACGUCUCCAAACAAAAUACUGGCAUGGUAUAUUGAAGAAAUAUAAAUUGAUUUUCCCCGAUAAGAUUUCCUUGCUUGUUCUUUGAAGUAAACUUCUUACCAGUCAGUAUAAACUUACAGAAUUAGAAGAAAAGGACAGUUGAUUUAUACCAAGAUUAAAAUGUCAGUAUGCUUUCAUGAUCAGUCUGUAGUAUUAAUAUUGAAAUAGUAGAUUUGCAAUAUGUAUCAAGAUAUAAACAGAAAUAGGAGCGAUACAAAUAAUUGUUACCCCUUUAGACUAUUUUCGCUGUUUAAUUUAGGAUUUCUAUAUGAUUUAAUAAAAGGUAUAACAACAAAGCGCUCAUGCUUAGUUUUACAAACUACUUAACUACCGCUUAUACAGAAUUUUCAAGUAUCGAGUAAAACAAUUAAAAAGAAUUAAUCUCUUGCACUUCUUUUGGGAGAAAUAGUCGUUGGAAAUUCGUUUGGAAACAAACAUCAAACAUAAAAUGAACAUAAAAGUAAAUAAAAGUCAUGACGUUUACCAGUAUAGUGCAAACUUAAUGAAACAUUUUCAAUGAAAGAAAUAAUAUAAUAACAUAAUGAAACAUCUUAGGUGUAAGAAGGAUGUAGUUUAAACACAGUAAAAUAUCUUAAUUAUAAAGAGAUAGCAGAAACAUUGUAAAAUAUAUCGAUGGAAGCAAGAUGUAGUGUACAUACAGUGAAAAUGUCAUGAGUAUGCAAGAUGUUUUUUGACAUGAUAGUGCAAAAUCUUAUCUCAGACGCCACCUUUCCAUUUUUUAGAUAUACUGUAUUUCAUGUUAUAUACUGCACAGCCUUUUUGUUUUGCAGUGACAAAUAACCGUGCACGCUUUUUGCAAGAUCAAAUUGAAAAUUUGAAAUCGAAAUGAUGGUAUUUUUUAACGAAAAACACAAACAAUUUAUUUUUACGACAUGACAAUAUGCGGCAGACGCAUGGCUAAAAUGUAAACACCUGCCGAACUUUCAAUGAAUCCACGAGUUAACUCUUACUGAAUAACAAAAGUAAUUUUGCUAAAACUUGAAAAAAUUGCUAAGUCGAAAAAAGGAUCAUGACAUUGUUAAAAAGCAGUCUAGUAAAACAAAAUAGUUAUGUAAUCUAUGUAUUGCUUGUCAGAUCAUUCUAGCAACGAUUGCGUAAAGGUCCAAUUCAUUUCAACGAAAUCAGCUUACAUGCAACUAAAUAUCGGUAAGUCAAAAAGGGGCAUAACUUUAACAGAAAAAAAUAGGAUUACGUAAUCUGUAUAUUGCAUGUCAUAUCAUAACAGUAAACAAGUGUGUGAAAUUACAAUACUUUCUCACAAAUAGUUACAAGUAGUUACCAGCUUUUAUACAAAAUAAAAUAUGUAAAAAGAUCCUUCGGAAGCAAAGAAUGCAACCAAGAAAAAUAAUAGCAGGCUCGGUUUUGAUUGAGACUUAAUCAAUCGGGAAACGGACGUCGACGCGCACGCGGAUGUUAUGUGUAAUAGCUUUACAUAUUCUAGAAGAGUCGAGCUUAAAAUCUAUUUAUUUGGUUCAGCUGUUUUAGUCUUUAUUUUUUGUCUUAGAAAAGAGCUAGACUAAAAAAUAUCUGAGAUUAUAACAUCACAAGAUUGGUCUAGAUUAAUUGUUAUAAUGACGUCAACUUGUAAAGAAAUUUAUCAGAAGCGUGAAAAUAAAAAGCGUCACAUAAAAAUGUUAUUAUUUGUAAAUUUUAAAAUAAUUUGCUUUUUAAAACAUUUAUACAGCCAAUAUUUUGUUAUAUUUGAAGUUUGAAACUAUCCUUUGACAUGCCAAACGAACAUGUUGAAGUAAAUGUCAUGAAGUGCGUAUUUGACUCUACAUACUGAGGAGCUUUGUCGGAUGUUUUGGACACAAGCAUAUUAAUCAUUCAAGAACAUUCUCACGUGUGCAAAUGUCAAACAUAUAAAAUGCUUUCUUACUCCGUUUAUUUAUGUUAAUAAAAGUAUUAGACAUGUCUUUGACAGACUAUCCCACUCCACAACCUACACAAUCUGACAGUAAAACGUUACUAAAUGUGUGUUUGGCACUAUAUAUAUAUAGAUAUAUGUAACUUGUAUAAUGACUGGCAUUUUACUGUUUGCUUUUAGCUUCGUUUCAAAUCGUUUGUAUUGUAUCAACACCCGACAAACAUGAAAUUACAUUCACUGUGCAAUGCUUUUUUUCAGGAAACUCUUCAAGGAUUGAGCACAAUUUAAAGGAGAAUUGCUAUUUGGAGACAUUUAAUAUUCAUCGCAAUUUGUCGUCUAGAAUUAAUUAACCUAUUAAUACAAACAUUUAACGUUCCUGACAGAAAGGAAGAGUACAACAAAAUCACAAAUCAUCAAAAAGAUAAUUUAAUAGUUGGCAAAACAUUAGUUUCAUUGAGCCAAUGGAUUUUACAACAAUACCAGUAGCAGUUUUGAGACAGGCGAGGAUUAAUUUGUCAAAAUGUCGUCUGCGAUUUAGCAUAUGAAUUGAUCGUUUGUGAGCAGAUGUAUAAAACGUACUUUUGUGUAUACUGAUUCAAAUAAUUGAAGGUGCUGCCUUGAAUUCCGAGCACGAAGAACGAUGGAAUCAUUUAACGAAACAACCUCAUCAGAUAUGGCCACCAUAUCAGUGGCAAAUUACAGUGACAUUUCACCAGUAAGAGGUCCACUUGUGGUACCUAUUUAUCAACAGGUUAUAAUAAUAACUAUGUAUAGCAUCAUUAUUCUCCUAUCAGUGUUUGGAAAUUCUAUCGUCUGCUACAUCGUCUUUUCAUCUAAAAGAAUGCGAACUGUGAUGAACUUUUUCAUCGUUAGUCUUGCCCUAAGUGACAUUCUAAUGGCUGUUAUAUGCAUUCCAUUGACGUUUGUUGCUAAUCUUGUAAUAAAUUCAUGGCCAUUUGGCGACGCGUUAUGCCCGGUUGUGACUUUCCUUCAAGUUGUCACGGUGUUUAUGAGCUCAUUUACUCUAGUCGCCAUUAGUUUAGAUCGUUACUCGGCUAUUGUGCACCCACUGAGACCAAAAAUGACAAAACGGCAAGCAUUCAUUGUGAUCUCUAUAAUUUGGAUCUUAUCCGUCGUGAUUCCACUCCCGACGGCCAUUACUUCAGAAGUUCACCAAUAUAUAAACGAUACAAGUGCGCCGUAUUUCUGUGAAGAAGUUUGGGAAAAUAUAACGGCGCAAUCAAUUUACAAUGCUAUAAUUCUCAUCUUCCAGUAUUUUAUUCCACUCAUGAUACUGGUAUUUACAUACGGCCGCAUCAUAUUGGUUCUUUGGAUCAAAAAGCCUCCUGGGGAAGCCGUCUCCGACCGUGAUGAAAGGAUGUCCAAGUCAAAGAAAAAGAUAAUAAAGAUGAUGAUUGUUGUCGUGAUAAUUUACUCCAUCUGUUGGCUUCCCUUACACAUUAUAAAUAUCGCUGGAGACAUCAACAUAACAUUCUAUAAUCUUCCUGGAAUGAACAUCAUGUGGACAGUGUCACAUUGGCUAGCUAUGUCAAACUGCAUGUAUAACCCCUUCAUUUACUGUUGGAUGAAUGCUAAAUAUAGAAACGGAUUUAUAAAUGUGUUCAGUUGUUUUACAUGUGGAUUAUUAAAGUCACGUGAUGAGAAAAUUGAACUUCAACGCAUGCGCGGGAGCCACACUAACACCACUCGGCCUUACAUAAAGAUUGAGGUAAAUGCACGAAAAUACCGGGGAAAUUCUGUGCCAACAUUGAAGAUUAAAUGGACAUCGAUCGACAGACAUGAUUCCCUAUAAUAGACGUUAUUAUUUGUAUUUUGUCGUUGUUGUUUCAUUUUAUUUCAAAAUGCCUUGUAGUUUACGACGAUCCGUUUGAAAAUACAGACUUUGGAUUCGUUUUUUAGAGUAUUUAAUUUAUUUUCAUUUAAUGCAAGAAACAUUUAACUAAACUUUGCUUAAUUAUAUUUUUGCAUUGUAUAACAAGGCACAUGUAUUUGUUACCGCUUGUCAGUUAAAGCUAAAAUUUAAAUGUAUCGUUGCUAUAAAAGUAUCAUGUAUGUAUUUGAAAGUUUGGUUAAGUGAUUUAUAUAAUGUACACUAAAUAUCAUCUGGAUUCAAUACUAGUAUUCAUAAACUUCUAUAAAAAGCUGUAUUGCUUACAAUUGAGUAGAACAUGUGAAAUAUUCCGAAAGUGACGUAGAUUUUCUAAAUAAUUAAAGCUAAAAUAGAAUGAAUAUAUUAUGGCUUUAAUCCGAAAUUAAUGUUCCAAAAACACUGUUUUUAAAGUUAAAUUGAAUGUUUCAGAAAAAAAAUUGUUGAUGUCACAUAAUGAUACCCUACUGUGUAACCUUUGGGUAUUAGACAAUAUUCAUAAUUGCAUUAAGAAUUGAAUAGACCUGAUCAAAUAUCGAUCCACAGUAAAUCUCUGAAAUAUAUAAUUAUGACUUUGCUGUAUAUGUUAGAAGAUACGUUUUGCUUGAGACCGAGUCUUUAAAAUAUUGUGAAUCUGUCUAUUUAACUUUAUUUAAAUGUAAUGGUUUGCUUUGUUAUGUAAUAAAUAUUUGAAGCCGUUA